GAGGAGGAGCGUCAGAGUCAGAGUCGCUCCUGUCGUGGACCAGAGAGGAGAGAGAAUCACCAGCGAACAACCAGCGGCUUGUUUUCAGGCCCAGCUGCAACAUCCCUCAUCAUGACAAAGGAGGAAAACCUGGAGGUGCAGGAGAAGGAGAGGCACGACCGGGAGGAGCAGGAGGAGGGGAAGGUCCAGAAAGAGGAGGAGGAGGCGCUGACUGAAGAGGAGGAGGAGGAGGAAGAAGAACAGGAGGAGGAGGAAGAUGAGGAGGAAGGGGAGGAGUAUGAGUUAGAGGAGGAGAGGGAGGGCGAGGAGAGGACGGAGGAGGAGGACGAGCCGGAGGAGGAGAGGGAGGAGCGGCAGGAGGGGGAGGAGGAGGAGGCGGGGGAGGAGGAGGAGGCCCCGGCUGAACCGGAGCCAGAGCCGCUGUCGGUGUCCGAGUAUCAGAGUCCGGUUCACGAGCCACGACGCAGAGCAAUGGUUCACCCCUCGGCCCAGGCACCGCUCCCCAAAGACUACGCCUUCACCUUCUUCGACCCGAACGACCCGGCCUGCCUGGAGAUCCUCAUGGACCCUCGGACCUCCAUCCCGGAGCUGUUCGCCAUCGUGCGUCAGUGGGUUCCUCAGGUGCAGCACAAGAUCGACGUCAUCGGCAACGAGAUCCUGAAGCGAGGUUGCCACGUGAACGACCGCGACGGUUUGACUGACAUGACGCUUCUUCACUACAGCUGUAAGGCUGGAGCUCAUGGAGUUGGCGACCCGGCGGCGGCGCUGCGUCUCACCAGUCAGCUGAUCUCUCUGGGCGCCGACGUGAGUCUGAGGAGCCGCUGGACCAACAUGAACGCUCUGCACUACGCCGCAUACUUCGACGUCCCCGAGCUGAUCCGAGUCCUGCUCAAGUCCGCCAAACCCAGAGUGCUGAACUCCACAUGCAGUGAUUUCCACUAUGGUACAGCUCUCCACAUCGCUGCCUCCAACCUGUGUCUGGGUGCAGUCAAAUGUCUCCUGGAGCACGGAGCCAACCCCACCGUGAGGAAUGAUAAAGGCCAGGUUCCGGGAGAGGUGGUUCCCGACCCGAUGGACAUGAGCCUGGACAAGGCGGAGGCGGCCAUGGUGGCCAAAGAGCUGAAGCAGCUGCUGCUGGACGCCGUCCCCCUGAGCUGCAACCUGCCCAGAGCCACGUUACCGAACUACGACAACAUCCCCGGAAACCUGAUGCUGUCCUCGCUGGGCCUGAAGCUGGGGGAACGAGUGGUGCUGGACGACAUGAAGCUCCAGAGAGACCAGAGCAGAGACGACAGCCCGAAUGAAAAACUCCGACAGACCGGCACGCUGAGGUUUUGCGGCACCACGGAGUUCGCCAGCGGUCAGUGGGUCGGCGUGGAGCUGGACGAGCCGGAAGGAAAGAACGACGGCAGCGUGGGCGGCGUCCGCUACUUCAUCUGCCCUCCUAAGCUCGGUAUUUUUGCUCCAGUGUCCAAGAUUUCCAAAGCUGUGGAUCUGACGCCUUCGUCCGUCGUCUCCACGCCCCGGACUCCCCGCAUGGAUCUGGCCUCACGCCUCGCCGGGAAGACCAGGAAGGAGAAGAAGGAGAAAGAGAAAGAGCGAGAGAGAGCCCAGAAGAAGAAGGCGUCACUGGCCAGUCUGGACCCAGAGGGACUGAAUGUGGAGGUUGGAGACCAGGUCCUGGUGGCCGGACAGAAACACGGCAUCGUUCGCUUCUACGGAAAGACGGACUUCGCUCCAGGUUAUUGGUUCGGUGUCGAGUUGGAUCAGCCCACGGGCAAACAUGACGGCUCCGUGUUUGGAGUCCGUUACUUCAGCUGUCUGCCCAAAUAUGGAGUGUUUGCUCCGCCCUCACGCGUCCAGAGAAUUGGAGGUCCUAAAGACGGCUCCCAGAAUGACAGCUCCAUGGUGAAGAAGGUCCACCAGGUCACCAUGUCACAGCCCAAGAGAAACUUCAACACCAUGUGUUCUCCUAAAGACCUGACUUCUGAGAGCUCCAUAUCCAGGUUGCUGUUCUGCUGCUGGUUUCCGUGGAUGCUGCGAGCUGAGAUGCAGUCCUAACCACCUUCCUCCUCCUUCUCCUCCUCCUCUUCCUCUGCUCCUCCGCCAGAUCGAUCUCUCUACUCGCUCCACGUUCUCUCCAUCUUUUAUUUUCUCCUCGUCUCCUUCGCUGUCUUCAGUCGAUCUUCUCGUGGUGAAACCUCGUCCCUCUUCUCUCUCUGACUCUCAGCCCAAGUCCUUCUAAUUUAGCCGUUCUAUAGCAACAUCUAUAGUGCCUUGUAUCCGAUCAAAACGUCCUGCAUUCCUUUAAUGAAACUUGGAUAAUGCGACUCCCUCAAAUACCCAACUGAUGCGUCUUAAAUCAUCUCAUUGUCCCAGCUUGGUGUUUGUCCACGCUGUGCAUUUAUUUGGUGCAGAAAGUUUCCUCUUCAGUUUCUAACAUAAAACAUAAGAUUAGCCUGUGCUGCUGCUGCUCCUUUUCUUUUUGCUGCUACAACUUUUAGGGCCUCACCCGAACUAAUGUCCUGACUUGUGUUUUUAAAACAGUUUGUAAAUAUAUGAAAUACUGAAACAGUCUCUGCAUGAACACAUGAGUCCUCCCAGAGACUCAGGGCUUCUGCAGGAGAUGGUUUCAGAGCUGGAUUCAGACGUGGCUGCUGCUUCCUCACUGCCGACACCGACAACUUCAUUUAACGGCUGCCGGCUGUUACAGUUGUGCGCAUGGUUUCUGAUUAACAAUCAUUUGAAGAUGUUGAACCAUGAUGUAACACAUCAACACACAGUGUUCAAAGUUGUUUGCAGCCGUCAGAAAUUUCUACAUUUCUGCAAAAAAAUAACUCAAAACAUCCUGAAAGUGGUAACAGCUGAUCAGUGUCUACAGCAGCUCGGAGGAAUUUGAUCCUCAGAACAGAACCAGCUGAGUUGUGAGAUGUUGGUGGUUU